UCUAUCUCUUUCUCUAUGCAAACUUUCCAUAUUUUCUAAUUUCUAAUUUCUACUUUACCUUCACUUUCCCUCAUUCUUCCUCACCUCUUCAAGGUUAAAUUGGUGUGCAGCUGGAUAUGCAGAAAUGAUAUUAAGAGCAAUGGGUGUUCAUGUUAAUAAUAAUUAUAAUUAUUAUAACAGAUCUAUAUGUAUAUUUUACAACUUGUUGGUGUUCUUCUUCUUAGCAUUUGUGGCUCCUAUUUGUUUUGCUACUAAUCCUUCAGAUGUUAGUGCAAUGAAUAAUCUAUAUGCUGCAUUGGGAUAUCCUCCUCUUCCCGGAUGGACGGCAAGUGCUGGAGACCCAUGUGCCGAGGCUUGGCAAGGUGUUGUAUGUGAUGCUACUAAUACAAACAUCAUAUCCAUAACUGUUCAUGGUGCCAAUUUGGUAGGAGAAUUGGGUGAUACCUUGGGAUCAUUUUCGUCACUCCAAACCAUAGAUUUAAGCAAUAAUGCCAUUGGUGGUAGCAUUCCAGUUGAUCUUCCUACAACUGUGACAACUAUUUUUCUUGCAGAUAACAACUUCACAGGAAGCAUACCAGAUACUCUGUCCUCUCUAACACAAUUAUCAGCCUUGUCUCUAAAUGAUAACAAUUUAUCCGGAGAAAUACCUGAUUCUUUUGAGGGCCUUACAGCAUUGGUCAAUCUAGAUUUAUCCAGUAAUAGUUUAAGUGGAGAGCUACCUUCAUCCUUGGGAAGUUUGUCUUCUCUAACUAGCUUUCAUUUACAGAACAAUCAACUCUCUGGGACCCUGGAUGUUCUACAAGAUCUUCCAUUGCAGGAUCUGAAUGUCGCAAAUAACCUGUUUAAUGGGCCUAUACCUGAUAAGUUACUAAGCAUUCCCAGUUUCAGGAGUGAUGGUAAUUCGUUCAAUACUACUAGUGCAGCCCCAUUAGCUCCACCUGCAUCUCCAAACGCAACUCCACCGGCGGGCUCUGGAACACCAUUUUUUCCGUCACCUAAACAAACACCUGGGAAGCAACCACCCGGUAAACAACCACCACAAGCCAGUGGUCCAACAUCCACACAAGAUUCCAACUCUACUUCCAAAAGUAAAUCAUGGACUGCCAAAAAGAAAGUUUGGGUGUCAAUUGCUUCAGUAUUUGGUUUUAUAGUUGUGGUAUUAGUGUGUCUUCUAUUUGCACCAAAGUGCUUCAACAAAAGAAGACGACAUCCGGGUUUGAUACCGAAGAGGCACGAGAUAGCUCCGUACACCGGUAACAACAGAGACAAUCUUAUAGAUAAUGCCCCUUUUGUUCAACCGACGAAUCAAGUUGAUAAAGUUCCAAAAGUGGCACAAGUUGUGAAGCCAAAGGAGGAGCAGCAUCAAAAGUUUUCACCACCGCCACCACCACCACCACUACGACAACCGAAAAAACCGGGUCCAAGCAUAAAACCACAAAUUAAUCAAGAGAUGAAUGUGCAAAAAUCGACUGCCAUAGCCAAGCAGGAGAGUCAGGAAAUAGACAUGAGUAGAUUUGAUAUAGAUUCAAUGCGACCUCCGCCGCCGCCGCCGCCGCCGCCACCACCACCAGUUCCAGCAUCACAACCAAUCCAUCUACCUUUUGAAAAGGUUAUUGUAGAGCCAAUUGUGCCAGUUAAAGCAGCAAGUGCUUCCACCAUACCUCUUCCGCCUCAAACAUCCGUCAGAUCUUACACAAUUGCAUCUCUUCAGCAGUACACAAACAGUUUUUCUCAAGAUAAUUUUAUUGGUAGGGGAAUGCUGGGGAGUGUUUACAGGGCACAACUUCCGAAUGGAAAGUUUCUUGCUGUCAAGAAGUUGGAGAAAAAGGUUAUCAGUCAACAAAAGGAGGAAGAUUUCAUUGAGCUUGUGAAUGAUCUUGAUAAAAUUCGGCAUGCUAAUGUUGUGGAACUUAUGGGUUACUGUUCAGAGCAUGGUCAGAGGUUAUUAAUAUAUGAAUACUGUAGUUGUGGAUCUCUUCAAGAUGCACUACACUCUGAUGAUGAUUAUAAAAAGAAAAUUUCAUGGAAGGCACGCAUUCGGAUGGCACUUGGAGCUGCUAGAGCCUUAGAGUAUCUACAUGAUUUCUGUGAGCCACCCAUUAUUCACAGAAACUUCAAGUCUGCAAAUGUUCUUCUUGAUGAUGAUCUAUCAGUGCGUGUAUCCGAUUGUGGGUUGGCUCCUUUAAUAUCCAGAGGUUCGGUCAGUCAGUUGUCAGGACACCUGCUAUCGGCCUUCGGUUAUGGUGCACCGGAAUUUGAGUCGGGAGUCUAUACAUAUAUGAGCGACGUGUACAGUUUUGGGGUGGUGAUGUUAGAACUGUUAACAGGCCGGAUGUCCUAUGAUAGUACACGGCAUCGUGGAGAGCAGUUGUUAGCAAGAUGGGCGAUACCUCAACUUCAUGAUAUCGAUGCAUUAUCGAGGAUGGUUGACCCUUCUCUCGAUGGAAAAUACCCCGUCAAAUCAUUAUCAAAUUUUGCAGAUAUCAUAUCACGUUGUGUUCAGGCUGAGCCUGAGUUUAGGCCGCCAAUGUCGGAAGUGGUGCAGGAUCUGAUACAAAUGAUAAGGAGGGAGUCUUCUAAUAGAUCAGAAGGGGAUUAAUUGAUUCAUUGAUAAUAAUAAUAGGAUUAGUUUCUGGUUAGAGGUCAAUGACCAUCAAAGUCGAAGGUGCCAAGGUUCUAAGUCUCUAUGACAUAAGGUCGGAUGCACUUGGCUAGGCCAACACACUUUCUCUUGUACAAAGGGGGACGAGUGACAAUGCCAAAUUUGGUGGUUAUUUUGUUUCAAGAUUGAAGAAAUAUUUAAUUCUCUGGUCUGCCCCAUUCAUAAGGUCAAAAUGGUAAAUUUUCUGACUCCCAUUCUUCAUUUGUAACCGUUGGUGUUGGUUCUUCGUUUCGUUUGUGAUUAUUCAUAUAAAUUUUUUGUUCAACUGCCCUUUGUUUAGGUUCCCUAUCUUCACUACAAUAUAUAAAUCUAAUAUCAAUCUCGUGUAUCUAAUACAGUUACGUAUUAUGAAUUUAUGAUCCUCGGUUCAAGAUCUAA